AUGACUCCUCAAAAGUGCAUUGCUUUAGCACAAGGACGCAGAUACUCCGGAGUAUUUUUCGACACCUGCUAUGGGUCUGAGUCUCUCGAAGCGACAACCUUUGUUCAAGGGACUGGCUGUAGCAUUCCAUGUCCUGGCGAUCCUACACAGAUCUGUGGCGGUAAUGCAGCCGCCGUAAACGGCACAAGGCUCGGCACACGGCAUUUACUUCGACCGCGCCUAUUGAAGCGUGCUGCUCCCCCGAAUGUUCUGCUUACAAUCUACGAAAUCGCUAUUGUCUUACCAGGCAGUACCGUCAUUAGUUCUGGCGUGACUGUUGAAGUACCACCCACUACUAUUGUUGGACAGGUUGUCACGGUCCCUGGUCCGAACGUGGUAGUUUCUAUACCAGCUACAGUUGCUGUCUCCGGUCCACCUACAGGCGCGAUUGUCCUUGGUGGACCUAACACCAUUGUUCCUCCGGUUGUGACUGUUGUCACGACCCGUCGCGUCUUCGUCACGCAACUUGCGAACGCAUCAGGACAAGGGGCGCUAACAAGCCUGCGAAGUCCUGUCGCCGGUAUGACAUCUGUGGUGACUACCAUCACUUACACAACUAUUGAUCCAGCACGGCCUACUGCCUUGAUUCCUGUGGAGCUCGGCACCACACUUUACUUUGAGGAUUGCCAUUGUCCAACACAGGUCAUCCCUACGGUGACUAUGGCCCCUUAUGUUGCUCAAUGCGACAAGUGUGGUGAAAACGGAAGAAGCAUCGUUAUUCUCGCUAUUCCAAUGGACCUUAAUCCGAACAACAGGCCAGCUGGGGUUGCUGGGAAUAUUAACGCCCUGGCUAGUCUAGACAUGAGCAACGCCCCAAAUACUCCUGGGCAGGUUGCCCAAGGGGGUCCUAUCCCGAAUCCCAACUCCCAAGGAGUGAACCCAGGCCUCGGAAACCCAAGUGUAGCGUUGGAUCCUACCAACGCUCUGCCAAAAGAUUCUGGUCCGAGCAGAGUCGUUGUUGCUGGCGCACAGGGAGUACGAUACAGCAACGCGUAG